AUGGCAGACCCAUCCUCCAACAGCAACAAUACUGACACAGAAGACUGCAGCUCCGAAUCCAACCUGAGCCUCUCUGUGGGCUAUUUCCCCUAUGAGGACACCUUCUUCAGUGAGGACACAACCCCCUAUGAAGACAUGCCCUCUCAGAGUCCUUCAGUUCAAUUCCUCCCUCCUAUCCAAGGGAUGUGGAGGACUGAAAGUACAUUGAGACCCAUGGGAAGACGAGACCAAAUUCAGGACAACCCAGAGCAGUUUUGCAAACUAAGCAUUACCCUGGCCUGGGAUGUUGAUGUGGGUUCUAAUGAUUCAGACUCAAUAGCUAAUUGGAAUUUAAAUGGACACAACCAGUGGAUGGACAAGUAUCCAGAAAAGAAGACAGAACUGACUCUCAGCAAACUGGAUGGUCUCGUGCAAAAGCUUGAGAAAUUUCUAGAAAAUCAGAAAGAUGAUGAAGACAGUGAUUCUAUUUUCCGUGAAUCUACUCAGGAGGAAGAUUUCCAGCUAUCCAGCAAAUCCCCUCCAUAUAUGGCUCAGACAAGCCAGGCAACUGGCAGCCAAAAGACAAGCAUUACAGAAACUUCCUCAAACUCAUCAGGUCAGCCAGAGGAGGAGGACAGUCCUUCUAACACACAAACCCUAUCCUGUCUGAACUUUGGGUGGGUAUUCCGCUGGCUGAGGCAGCAAGUCUUCUCCUCGCUACUGGGGAGAGAGCAACCCAAGAAGGCCACCAAGAGCCCCCGUCGGGUGGCACCAAAGAAGAGACUCUCUCACAGAAACAAGAGAAUCCAACCUCAAGAAUCCCUUGAUUUAGAACACCCCAUGUCAUCAGAUUUUUAA